CAUGGCGUGGCCCUGCAUCAGCCGCCUCUGCUGCCUGGCGCGGCGCUGGAACCAGCUGGACCGCUCCGACGUGGCGGUGCCGCUGACCCUCCACGGCCACUCGGACCUCGAGAGCGAGGAGCCGGCCCCGGGCGGCGCCGCCUCGCGCAGGGGCCCGUCCCCUGCGGGCGCCCGGGAGCCCGGCCGGGACGUGCCGCUCACUCAGUACCAGCGGGACUUCGGGGUGUGGACGGCGCCCGCGGGGCCCCGGGAUGCUCCGCAGGGGCGCGGGGCGGCGGCGGCGGCGGCGGCGGCGGCGGGGGCGGGGGCGGGCGGCCGCAGGGGCAGGCCGUCCGCGGCCCCGGGCCGGGGUGUGUACGUGCUCCCCAUCGGCGACGCAGACGCGGCCGCGGCGGUGACCACGUCGUACAGACAGGAAUUCCAGGCCUGGACCGGAGUGAAGCCGUCGAGAUCCACAAAGGCGAGACCCACCACAGUCAUAACAACCCACAGCUCUGGAUGGGACAGCAGCCCCCGGGACAGCUUCCAGGCUCCUGAGGGGAGGAAGAAGUUUACCCCUAACCCCUCAGCCAUCUUUCAGACGUCAGCUCCCCGGAUCCUCAAUGUGUGACUCCCACCAUGGAGAGGGCCACAGUGGAGACCGAACCCACUGCCGCCAAGAUGGAGCAGUGCUCAGCCACUGGGGGACUGGGUUGACAACUAAAAGGGAACACCAUACACACUGGCAAAGAAUUGGGAGCUUCCUUGGGACGAAGUGGCAUUAGCCUCAUUCCCUGAAAGACUUUAAAAUGUUAUCUACACCUAGAUGACUCCCACCCUGCUCUCUCCCUUACAGUCGGGGAGCUCACUGUGAGGAGGCGGCUGUCGGCUUUGGAAAGCUGCCUCCUUUCCCGGUAAGUCCCAGCCUAUGUGGCCCUGGAACAAGCCUGGCCCCGUUUGCACAGCAGGUGGUCAAACACUCGGAGUUCGGCCCCUCUCCGAGAUCAGAGGCUCAAGCUAAGAAGUCUUCCGCAAGGAAACGCAAGGAUUUCCCUCUGGAUGUUCAUCCUUCUCCGCCCUCACGCGCUGGCUGGUGGGCAUUUACUUAAGCCAGCAGCGCCCGCCCUCCCGGCUCACAGCCCGAGACCAGGAGCUGGGCUGGCCCCUCAAAGGGCUGCCUCGGGCUGGCACAGCCUGCCCCUCCGCGCAGCAGAGGAAACGCUCUGAAUCAUUUUAAAGGCAGAACCCAAACCAUAUGCUUACACAAAGGGUUCUAUUAUUUCCGACUUCAUUGGUUUGCAUGCUAGUGGUUUCUAAGAGAAAAGAGACUGCCUGCCGCUGUGCAUUCUGUGGGGAAUGAACAGAUUAACCAUACAAUCUCAGAUUUUACUAAAACGCAAAAAUGCACGGUUACGAUUUCUUGUUAGCUUAUUUCUUUAAUUGUGAACCCAGAGCACCUUCUCGCACGUCUUUAUCCCCUCUUGGUAAUAAGGACUUUGGCGGGUCAUGGCUAGUCCUGGUUGUCCCUUGGAGGCUUACAGAUCCCAGGGUCUCUCCAUUUGGACCGCCAUCCACACCGGUGGCGUGCGCGGUAUUCACAGGACGUACCAUCCUCCCCUUGCACUGCACUGCCCCUCUGCAUCUCCCGGAGCCUAGGUUGAAAAGUCCAUCCUUGAAGCUAAUCCUGGGCUCAAAUCCUGACUUCUCUCCUCACUACCUGUGAGCAGUUUCAGCUUCCAUUUCCUUAUGUGCAGAGUAAGGAGACCACCUCCUCCCUCGCCGAGCCGGUUAAUGUUUACGGGCAGGGUGCUGCUCAGUACAGUGAAUGGACAACAGAGCACAGACAUGGCAAUUGUCCUUUCCUGCCCAGGCCCCCCCUUCCUCCUUCCCCAUGGAGCCGGCUCUGUUCUCCUUUGCAGCUUGGGUCCCCCUGAUGCCACAGACACAGUCCUUCUCCCUAGACCCUGCCCCUGUCACCCUUCCCUCCCCCGAGCUUGCAGACCAGAAAGGCUGUACCUCAGCUGGACACCACAGGUCUGCCCUUCCCGGCCGCGUUGGCACCAUAGCAGCAGGAGCACCCUGUGCCUCACCGGGCCUGCCUCUCAAGGCAUACUGCAUGCCUAAGAACCUUUCUGGAAUGCACUGGAACAGACAGCUUUCCACAAAACCCCCAACUUGAUAAUCUUCUUUGCCAGGCUUCAUUAUUAGGAGACUGGGGUUCUGAAGAAGGGACUUCCUCCCACUAGUAAGGCCCAUCAUGUUACUGGAGUGACCCUUCCAAAGCAACUGAGGCAACAGUCUCAAGUGCGGUAUGAACCCACAUCACACACGUAUAUAAAAUAAACAAAGAUGGGAAAAUGCAUUGGAAUACUAAAGUAGUUCUCUUUGGGAAGGGGAACUAUGGGUAACUUUAAAUUUUUUACACCUUACUGUAUUUGCUAAUGUUUCUAUAUGAUAAGCAUUUUUGUAUUAAUCCUACAGAGUAAUGUUUUUAAAAAUAAAAAGUUCAAUCUGUUAGCUAAUUUCAGCCAAAAGCAAGUGUUCAGUAUCAAUGAUUUUAUAACCUGUGUCAGCACUGCUAGUGGCCGCCUCGACCCACCUUGAGGAUGCACUGUGAGGCUCACAGAGAGGGGAGCCCCGAAAGUCCUCACCCGCAGUCAUUUAGACCAGGGUCCUGCCUCUGUGUUCCAUGGUGCUUCAAAAGUCAGAAAAACCCACUGCAAAUGGGAACUCUCACACCCGUACCACCACCAGGAUUUCAGGUCCAACUCCAAAAAGCACCCUUUGAAAGAACCUUGACCCUGCAGACACCCCAUUAGUGGGGUCAGCUCUGCCCGCCCCGUUCACACAGGCUUCGGUCCUAAGAAGGAGUCUCCAGCUGAGGUGACAUCAGUCAUUAGGGAAAGAAGCCUCAGUAACGCCCCUAUUCUCUGUCCUCCAGACACCUUAGUUCCUUAAAGGCUGACAUGGGAGUCUGGUCCCAAGAAAGCUACGGACCUGGACGCUAUCACGAUGCCUCUUCCCUGCGGAACUUCUUGCCUCCAAAGAACCAAAGCUUUCAAAGCCCCUAGAGUUCUUGUUAAGGACAGAUGUAAAAAGUGGUCAUUUCUGAAAUGUUUCUGCAUCUCUCAUUUUUUUAGUCAUUCUGAUAGCAGGUGGUCCCAGCAAAACUGUGUCACAGGAGUCCCCUCUUCCCAGACCUCAGCAUAGACCAGGAUGCUGCUGUCAGAUGACAGGAGUGGUCCCCUCCUUGCCAGGGCUCUGAGGAGGCUCCAAGGUGCUUCUCUGCCCCAAGCUGUCAGAAACCGCUAUUUCCAGGUUUAAUGUGCAUCUUCCAAAUUUCUUUUCAGACUCUUAUGUAACAGUGAUCCUUUAUCC